UCACGGUUCUGAUGAAGGUGACCCAGAGAGAGCAGACUCUGUGUCAGUCAGCUAAUGCCGUCCUGGCCACAGUCUGUCUCUUCUGUGGAGACGAGGUCUCACGACAACAGUUCAGGAGGUUGCUGCUGUCGAAGCCUGAGGCAGGCAGGAAGAUCCUGUCAGAGAACAGUCUGCUGAAAGAACUCAACUUCAACGAGAGGUUCCCGGGGGAGGAGCAGGUCUUGGAGGCCUACGACCUGCCCCAGAGCCCCAACCAGGCCCAGUUGUUCUAUGGGAACCUGAGUAAGGUGGUGUUGUCUGUGCUGGGCAGCACAGAGACCUUGGACUCUGGAAGGACUGACCUCCAUGUCCAGCCCCCCCUAGCUGUCACCAGGAGAGGCUCGGAGGCUGACAGUGGUUUUGGGAACUCAGACCGUCACAUCAGCAACGUGUCUCUGGAUGUACUGCCUGUGAAGGGUCCUCAAGGCCCAGCGUUACCCAGGACAGAGGCCUCUGGGACGGGAACAGAACCAGGGGACCACAGGGACUCCUGGAGCCUCAGGCCUGAACAGCUGGUCCUCACCUCUCCCACCAUCAACGGAGCCUCCAACACCAGACAUGUCCUGAUCCAGAACCACUCAUCAUCCAGAGAACUGAGCUUUGAGUUGUCCUGGCCAGCCCACUGUCUCACUGUUACCCCUCAACAUGGAGUCAUAGAACCACAGUAUGUACCAGCCCACUGUCUCACUGUUACCCCUCAACAUGGAGUCAUAGAACCACAGUAUGUACCAGCCCACUGUCUCACUGUUACCCCUCAACAUGGAGUCAUAGAACCACAGUAUGUACCAGCCCACUGUCUCACUGUUACCCCUCAACAUGGAGUCAUAGAACCACAGUAUGUACCAGCCCACUGUCUCACUGUUAGCCCUCAACAUGGAGUCAUAGAACCACAGUAUGUACCAGCCCACUGUCUCACUGUUACCCCUCAACAUGGAGUCAUAGAACCACAGUAUGUACCAGCCCACUGUCUCACUGUUACCCCUCAACAUGGAGUCAUAGAACCACAGUAUGUACCAGCCCACUGUCUCACUGUUACCCCUCAACAUGGAGUCAUAGAACCACAGUAUGUACACACACACACACACACACACACACACACACACACACACACACACAGCUUUGUGUUGUCCUGGCCAGCCAACCAUUACACCCCAACGUGGCCUUCUAGAUAGAACCGCAGUAGGAAGCCUCGGACGGUAACCGGUACACCUCAACGUGGCCUUCUAGAUAGAACCGCAGUAGGAAGCCUCGGACGGUAACCGGUACACCUCAACGUGGCCUUCUAGAUAGAACCGCAGUAGGAAGCCUCGGACGGUAACCGGUACACCCCAACGUGGCCUUCUAGAUAGAACCGCAGUAGGAAGCCUCGGAUGGUAACCGGUACACCUCAACGUGACCUUCUAGAUAGAACCGCAGUAGGAAGCCUCGGACGGUAACCGGUACACCCCAACGUGGCCUUCUAGAUAGAACCGCAGUAGGAAGCCUCGGACGGUAACCGGUUCACCUCAACGUGGCCUUCUAGAUAGAACCGCAGUAGGAAGCCUCGGACGGUAACCGGUACACCCCAACGUGGCCUUCUAGAUAGAACCGCAGUAGGAAGCCUCGGACGGUAACCGGUACACCUCAACGUGGCCUUCUAGAUAGAACCGCAGUAGGAAGCCUCGGACGGUAACCGGUACACCUCAACGUGGCCUUCUAGAUAGAACCGCAGUAGGAAGCCUCGGACGGUAACCGGUACACCUCAACGUGGCCUUCUAGAUAGAACCGCAGUAGGAAGCCUCGGACGGUAACCGGUACACCUCAACGUGGCCUUCUAGAUAGAACCGCAGUAGGAAGCCUCGGACGGUAACCGGUACACCUCAACGUGGCCUUCUAGAUAGAACCGCAGUAGGAAGCCUCGGACGGUAACCGGUACACCUCAACGUGGCCUUCUAGAUAGAACCGCAGUAGGAAGCCUCGGACGGUAACCGGUACACCUCAACGUGGCCUUCUAGAUAGAACCGCAGUAGGAAGCCUCGGACGGUAACCGGUACACCUCAACGUGGCCUUCUAGAUAGAACCGCAGUAGGAAGCCUCGGACGGUAACCGGUACACCUCAACGUGGCCUUCUAGAUAGAACCGCAGUAGGAAGCCUCGGACGGUAACCGGUACACCUCAACGUGGCCUUCUAGAUAGAACCGCAGUAGGAAGCCUCGGACGGUAACCGGUACACCUCAACGUGGCCUUCUAGAUAGAACCGCAGUAGGAAGCCUCGGACGGUAACCGGUACACCUCAACGUGGCCUUCUAGAUAGAACCGCAGUAGGAAGCCUCGGACGGUAACCGGUACACCUCAACGUGGCCUUCUUUCACCAUAGAUAGUAGUUUUACCAGGUGACUAUAUUACUAGGGGUGUUUACCAGGUGACUAUAUUACUAGGGG